CACAAAUGUCGUAAUUACCGUGAAAUGUACAAAGUCGUCUAGGUUAUGUACGCCAGUUGGAUGGUGUAAUUCAUGUGUAUACAUCUCGGAAUUCACUUCUAUACAUAUAUAUGUUAAGAUUUACUCCUAUAUACAAGUCAGUUUGAGAUCGCCUCUAGCACAAAUGUCGUAAUUACCGUGAAAUGUAACUCCGACAGAGUCAUCUAGGGGCGGAACGCCAGUUGGAUGGUGUAAUUCAUGUAUACAUCUCGGAAUUCACUUCUAUACAUAUAUAUGUUAAGAUUUACUCCUAUAUACAAGUCUGUUUGAGAUCGCCUCUAGCACAAAUGUCGUAAUUACCGUGAAAUGUAAAUCCGACGGAGUCGUGUAGGGGCGGACCCAAAGGUAAGGUAAGGGUGUCUCGGGACACCCCAAAAUUUCGAGGAAAAAAAUAUCGAACCCCCGGUAGUAGUAGGAGUUCCAAAAAAAAAGUGCAUAGUGUUCACUAAGAUUUGAACCCAGGACACCGCUGUUACAAACAAACUUGCUAACCAUUCGGCUAGCACAGAAUCCUUGCAAUAAUUGGAACAUAAAUAUAUUUAUACCGUCUACAGAUUCAGUUAUAUUAAAAAUCCCCAAUUUUCUCUUGAUCCCUAAAAUCAAUUGAUUUGUUUAUUUCUGCUGUACGAAAGGGACACCCCCUCUGCCGAGACGAGGAUUGCCCCCCGCCGUCUUCUCUUCCCACCAACUCCCAAUCCCGCCGUCUUCCCUCAUCUCCAACUCCUAGUCCCACUGUCCCGCCGUCCUUCGACGAUUGAAUAACAAGAUGUCCGCCGCCUGCCGCUUGCCUUGCUGAUGUUCUUCACGACUGCACCUGCUCAAUCGUGCGGUAAAGAGGUAAGUAAGCCCCUUCCCGGAUUCCCCUGUUCAAGGCUCAAGUCUUUUCAUAAUUUCAUUGUUCAAUUGUCGACUAAACUUGUUGUCCAUUGAACUUGUUGUAAAUGCAGAAAACUACCAAAGAACAAAUCCUCAAAGCUUGAACUUGCUCACUGUCGCUGGAGAGAACUAAAACAAAGAAUCAAAGGAGACGGUAAGCACUAAGCAGUUAGCCCUUAAAGACUCGUAAGAGAGAAAUUCCUAGUUGAAUAAUCUAAGCUACUGAAAGUCUGAAACUCCCAAUUGUUGUUGUUUUCUUGUUGUUUAUUGAUGAUGAAAUGACUUAUGAAUGAGGGAAUAUCAUUCACACAGUGGGUUGUUUUCUUGCUGUCCUUUUGUUGUUCUUUCAAAACUAUUUUUGCAUUAUGUUUGCCAAUGUUUAGACCAGUUUGCUUGAAUUUGCGGUAUCAGGAGUCGAUUCAACUUGUCAAUGGAAUUUUGUUUUCAUUGUAUGCUUCAGUUGAUAAACAUUGGAUUUUAGGCUGCUAGUUUGAUCGCCGGUUUUCUAAAAUUUGCAGCAUCAGGGGUCGAUUGAAUGUUGAGGUCGAUUCAACUUGUCAAUUGAUUAUUUUACCUUGUUAACUGUUGUCCUUGCUGCCCAUUUGCUUGAUUCAAUUUAACUUGUUAACUGUUGUCCUUGCUGCCCAUUUUCUUGAUUCAAUUUAACUUGUUAACUGUUGUAUUAACUAAUGUGGUCGUUGCUGCCAAUUUGCUGGAGUCAAUUUAACUUGUUAACUGUUUUAUAUGCAGUCAUGGCUUCAAUUGAUAAAUCGUGGAUGCAAGUCUGAAACAGAUCAUGCUUAGAAUAUUUUAAUGGAGUCGAAAGCUUUCUUGACUAUGCAUUUGCUAAUGUGGUCGAGGAAGACAUGAAGAUUAAGUGCCCUUGUGUAGAUUGUGACAAUUUGUACAGGAGGGAAAGGACUCAAGUGCAAUCACACCUUUUAUACAGAGGAAUCAAGCGAUAUUAUACUAAGUGGGAGCAUCAUGGGGAGCGUGAUGACCCCACUGAUUCAUCCUCUGAUGAGUUUGAAGAAGAAGAAAAUGAGAUGCAGACAGAUGAUAUACAAGGAUUGCUAAAUGAUUUGAGACCACAUUUCGGUUGGGACAACGAUGGUGUAAAUGAACCAGAAAAGCCUAACGUAGAAGCCAAAAAGUUCUUUAGACUUCUUAGCGAGGCAGAAAAGCCAUUGUACGUUGGCAGUGAGAAGCAUUCAAAUUUGUCCUUUUUGAUCAAGAUGAUGCAUAUCAAGUGCUUGAAUGGUUGGAGUAACAGCUCAUUCACUAUGUUGUUGAAGACUGUCCGUGAGACAUUACCAACGUCGGCUGAUUUCUUGCCAAAAAAUUAUUACGGGGCUAAGAAGAAUUUCAGAGAUCUUGGACUACAUUGUGAAGAAAUACAUGUUUGCAAAAAUGACUGCAUCAUCUAUUAUGCAGAACAUAAGAAUGCUCUUAGAUGUGAAAUUUGUUCAGCUUCCAAGUACAAGUCAGUUUACAAGGAUAGCAAAGGGAAGGUAAAAAAGAUACCGUGGAAAAUUUUAAGAUACUUUCCCAUUGGAAAGAGGUUGCAGAGGUUAUUCAUGUCCUCACAGACUGCUGAGUAUAUGGUAUGGCAUCAUGAAGAACGCUCAAAGGAUGAAUUCUUAAGACAUCCUGUAGACUCCGAGGCUUAGAGGGCCCUUGAUGAAGCUAGUUUAUCCUUUGCUAGUGAUCCUCGAAAUGUCAGAUUGGGAUUGGCUACCGAUGGUUUCAAUCCUUUCGGAAAUAUGAAUAAUAAUUACAGCUUGUGGCAUGUUCUUGUCUUUCCCUACAACCUCCCUCCUUAGAUGUGCAUGAAGAGUCCUUACAUCUUCAUGUCAUUGCUCAUUCCGGGCCCAAAAGGUCCAGGAAAUGACAUAGAUGUUUUCCUGAGGCCUCUUAUUGAUGAUUUGAAGAUUUUAUGGAAUGACGGCAUUGUCACUUAUGAUGCAUUCAGGAAGGAAAAUUUCAAUAUGAAAGCUGGUAUUUUAUGGACUAUUAAUGAUUUCCCAGCAUAUGCUUGUCUUUCAGGCUGGAGUACAAAGGGAAAGCUAGCAUGUCCAUGUAGUGCAGCUCAAACUUCAUAUUUGAGAUUGGAGAAUGGGAGUAAAGAAUGUUAUAUGGAUCAUCGUCGUUAUUUGCCUGCAAAUCAUAAAUGGCGGAAGCAAAAGAGAGAUUUUAAUGGCAAAGUGGAAAAAAGGGUUGCACCAAAGCGCCCAUCUGGUCAAGAAGUGGCUAACGAGAUCUUGUCUCUGGAAACAGUUCCCUUUGGUAAGAAAGGAAAGAAGCGAAAAAUUGAUGGGUUUAGCAAAACUAAUAAUUGGAGAAAACAGUCUGUGUUCUUCGAAUUUCCAUACUGGGAAAAGCUCUUGGUACGUCACAAUUUGGAUGUCAUGCACAUCGAAAAGAAUAUUUGUGAUAGUAUUCUGGGCACGAUAAUGAAUCUACCAGGGAAAACAAAGUAUGGUUUGAAUGCUCGGCUUGAUCUGCAGAAUAUGAAUAUAAGGCAUGAACUCCAUCCUAUAGAAGAAAACGGCAAAAUUAAGUUGCCACGGGCUGUCUACAGUAUGAUAAGCGAGGAGAAAAAGGCUCUUUAUCAAUGGCUUUCAAGUUUAAAAGUUCCUGAUGGUUACUCUGCAAAUAUAUCUAGAUGUGUUAAUCUUGAGGAAAGCAAAGUUUCAGGGAUGAAGACUCAUGAUUGUCAUAUCUUCUUAGAAAGAUUGCUACCACUUGCAGUUCGUGAGCUAUUACCGAAAGAUGUAUUUGAUGCACUGAUUGAGUUCAAUAAUUUUUUUAGGGAAAUAUGCUCAAAAGAGUUGAAGGUUGAGGAUCUAGAUAAUCUAGAGAAUCAAAUAGCUUUGACACUUUGUAAGUUGGAAAGAAUUUUCCCACCGGCAUUCUUUGAUGUUAUGAUUCACUUGUCAAUCCAUCUCCCAUGGGAAGCAAGAAUUGCUGGUCCAGUGCAAUACCGUUGGAUGUAUCCGAUUGAAAGGUACGUACCUUCUCCAACAGGUUUCUUUAACAUUUUUUAUGUAACAGAGCUUGGUUUGAGUGAUAUGUUAUGGACAAAAGUGUUGUGCUUUCCUUUUCAAUAAAAGUUUAGUUGUGAU